CCAACCGCGAGCUUUGACCAACGACUUCCCCGCAAAUCCUUCUCAGCGUCAGUACCCAGUACCCACCUGUUCAUAGCACAAAAUCCACGGCCACGGAUUCGAUUCUUGACAAGUUCCACGAGCUACCGCCGCGAGGAGGAGAUUUCUGCAAUUUUCAGUGGUUUGAAAGCCACAAUCAUCCACCAACCAACAGAAGAUUUCAGCCAUUUCGGCGCAAGAACUGAUUUGCGCGAGAGAGAGGAGAUGGAGGUGGAUGGCAUCAUGGUGAGCGCGGCGACCGGGGCGAUGAACUCCCUCCUCGGCAAGCUCGCCGCGCUGCUGGAGGAGGACUACCAGAUGCACAGGAGGAUGAAGCGAGAUAUCACCUUCCUCAGGGACGAGCUGAGCAGCAUGAACGCUCUCCUCGAGAGGCUGGCCGACGCGGAGGCGCUCGACCCGCAGACGAAGGAGUGGAGGAACCAGGUGAGGGAGAUGAGCUACGACAUCGAGGACUGCAUCGACGAGCACACGCGCCAGCUCCGCAUCCGGCAGCCGCAGGCGGCCAGUGGCGUCUUGGGGUUCUUCCAUGGCUAUGUGCAGAAGGUGAAGGAGCUUGUUGGCCGGCACGAGAUUGCCGAGCAGAUCCGGGAGCUCAAGGCCCGGAUCGUCGAGGCGGGUCACAGGCGAAAGCGGUACAAGCUCGAUUCGUCUGCGGUGAACUGUAAGAGCAGUAAUGCUGUGGCGAUUGACCAUCGAUUGCCUGCGCUGUAUGCCGAGUUGGAUGCUCUUGUUGGUAUUGACGCUCCAAGGGAUGAGAUCAUUAGGUUGUUGGAUGAUGGGGAUCAGAGGAUGAAGGUAGUCUCAAUUGUGGGUUCAGGAGGAUUAGGCAAGACCACUCUUGCUAACCAGGUGUACCAGAAAUUUGGGAAGCAAUUUGAUUGCAAAGCUUUUGUGUCACUGUCACAACAUCCUGACAUGGGAAUGAUCUUUCAAACCAUACUAUACCAAGUCAAUGAUGAGGCUGUCAGAACUAGAUCUGGAGACAAGGAGCAGGUCAUCAAUGAACUGAGGGCUUUCCUAAAGAACAAGAGGUAUUUUAUUGUGAUUGAUGACAUAUGGAGUACCCAAGCAUGGAAGACUAUUAGAUAUUCGUUGCUUGAGAAUAAUUAUGGUAGUAGAAUAUUAGUGACAACAAGAAUCGGUACUGUUGCAAAGUCAUGUUCCUCCCGUUGCCUUGAUCUUGUAUAUGAACUAAGAGUGCUGAGUGAAAAUGACUCUAGAAGGUUGUUUUUUAGAAGAAUUUUUGGCACUGAAGAUAAAUGCCCUCAUCAAUUGAAAGAUAUUUCAAUUGAAAUUGUAAGGAAAUGUGGUGGUCUACCAUUGGCAAUAAUUUCUGUGGCUAGUUUGUUGACUACUAAACCAUAUGCAAGAGCAGAGUGGUACAAGGUGCAUGAUUCGAUUGGUUCAGGACUUGAGCAAAAUUCUGACGUGGAGGAAAUGAACAUGAUAUUAUCUCUGAGUUACUAUGAUCUUCCUUAUCAUUUAAGGACUUGCUUAUUGUAUCUAAGUAUGUUUCCAGAGGAUUAUGUGAUCAACAGGGAUUAUUUGAUAAGAAGGUGGAUAUCAGAAGGAUUUAUAAAGGUUAAUGGUGGGCGAACUUUAGAGGAAGAAGGCGAGUGUUAUUUUAAUGAACUUAUAAACAGAAGCAUGAUCCAACCAGUACAUAUCCAGUAUGAUGAUAGAGUAUAUUCAUGUAGGGUUCAUGAUAUGAUUCUUGAUCUCAUUAUAUCAAAGGCAACAGAAGAAAAUUUUAUCACUAUAAUUACUGGCAAAAAACAAAUGUUGGCCUCGAAAUACAAAGUUCACAGACUCUCAUUUGACAACCAUGAUCAAGAAAAUGUGACAUUAUAUUCCAUGGUUACUACUCAUGUUCGUUCCUUGAACAUAUUUAGAUACUGUGAACAAAUGCCUCCUCUUUUGAACUUCCCAGCCUUGAGAAUGCUGGAUCUUGAUGGUAAUAACAAUUUGGAAAGCAGUUAUCUUGAAGAUAUCGGGAACUUAUUCCAGUUAAGGUAUCUACGGAUUAGAGCAAGUAAUAUUUCUCUUCCAGAUCAAAUAGGCGAGCUACAGUUUUUGGUAAUACUGGAUCUUCUCAACUGUAUUGGUAUAAGUAAAUUGCCAGCAAGCAUUGUGAAACUUCAAUAUUUGAAAUGGUUAAUUGUUCCUCGUGUUGAGUUGCCGGAUGGAAUUGGGAACUUGCAAGCUUUAGAGUAUAUGUCACUUAUGGUUGUAGACCAAAGUACCUCUAUAAGUUCAUUACAGGAGCUGGGCACUUUAACCAAAUUGAGAACCCUCGGAUUGGAUUGGCGCAUCAAUGAAUUUCACAAGGAAAAACUAACAUACACAGAUAAUUUUGUCUCAUCACUAGGAAAACUCAGUAGGUCUAACCUACAAUAUUUAACUCUGAUCAGUCCUUGGUCCCUUGACUUCUUAUUGGAUUCUUUGUCACCUCCUCAUCUCCUUCAGAGAUUAGGAAUCACAGGUUGGCAUCUCAGUAGGAUUCCAGUGUGGAUGGCCUCACUGGCUGACCUAACAUACCUAGAUAUUGAGGUUAAAGUCCGACAAGAAACCCUUGAGAUCCUUGGGAAUUUUCCAGCUUUACAGUUUCUAAAAUUAUACUCAAAUGCAGUAGACCACAAUGAAAGGUGGCUCACUGUCAGCAACAAUGGAUUUCGGUGCCUGCAGAAGUUUAAAUUUGUUCACUGGAUGAACCUGAUAUUUGAGGAAGGAGCCAUGCCAAAGCUUGAAACUCUUGAAUCCCAAAUAGUAGCACAUGAGGCACGGCCUGAGUGUGGAUUUGGUCCUCCUGAUUUUGGUAUCUGUCAUCUCUCUGCCCUCAAGAACCUCAUCAUUGAUAUAUUCUGCGAGUGUGCAAGAGUUGAAGAGGUGGAGGCAUUAGAAGUUGCCAUCCAGAUUGCAGCCAGUAUGCUUCCCAACCAUCCUACACCAACUUUGAACAGAUUUCGUGAAGCAGAGAUGGUAAAGAAUUGCCAGGCAUUCAACGCAGAAGUGGAUCGAAGUCAAACAGUUCUGAACUCCAGUGUAUGUACGACAUAUCGACCGAUAGAAUACAUGGCUGGUUCAACACUCCUGAAGAUCUGAACGCUGGAGGGAAAAACCACAAGCUUGCCUUUAUUCUGCAGAAUGGAAUGUGAAAAUCCAUCAGCUGUCCUUUUAUGCAAAUAGUGCGAUCUGUGAAUUACUAUGAACUCUGUAGUUUUUUAUAUUCCAUUCAGAAAUGACAUCUGUUUGAUACUUCGAUGUCAACAUGAUGUUUGAAACAUGAACCACUAUUUGUUGUAUAAUUAGCCUUUAAAAGUCUAAAUUUCAUUCUCUUUGAUAUAUGCACUGAUGUAGUAUUACAGACGACUAGAUCUGGGGUGCUUGUUUAUAACAUUUCAA